AAGACUUUCAUGGUCUGGUCAAAGGGCAUUAUUUACCUGUCUGGUGUAUUUAAAGGACGGAGCAGCCUCCUCAUUGACACUUCAUCAAACAGUUGACACUUGAACAUCUCGAUCUUGACUCCCAGACAUAAAGCAUCGCCACAAUUCUCCAUCCUCACCAUCAUCAUCAUCUUCAUCAUGAAGGCUCUCCUGAUUCUGUCUGUUAUUCUUGGUUGUGUUCUUGCGGCCACGGCUGCAGCAGUUGGAGCCGCUGAAGCUGUACCACAGGAGCUGCAGAAGGACAACCAACUGGUAGAAAAUGAAGCUGAAGUUUUCGUUCCUGAAGCGGUAGAAAGUGAAGCUGCAAGUUUCAUUCCUGAAGUUAAAGAAUCUGUGGAGGUUUCUGCUGGGGAGGAGGCCUCACCAGCCCAAGGACGGUUCUUCUCAUGUCCCUCUGGUUGGGUCAGAUACAAGGGCGACUGCUAUCAGUUUGUGGCCUCCAGCACAUCCUGGACCAGUGCUGUGGCCAACUGUGCCAGAUCCGGGUCCUCUUUGGCUUCAGCCCAUGACCUGUUUGAUUACAGUUUCCUGCAGGAUCUCACCACAAGAGCAGGAUAUACUACUGCCUGGAUGGGAGGAUUCUACUUCCAGACCUGGAGAUGGUUGGACCAGAGUCCCUUCAGCUACUCCAACUGGCAUUCACAAACCUCUGUCAGUUCUCGCCAGUGUAUCUACCUCAACGCCAGAGCUGGCUGGUCCAAUAAUGUGUGCACUGUUUCAUAUCCGUUCAUCUGCGUGAAGAAAACAGACUCCUGCUGAACCAUCAAACAUCAGGACUUCACAGUCUCUGGAAUACGAUGCUUGACAUUUUGAGUGUUUUAAACCAUGUUAAACCAUGUUUAGAUUUUAGGAGACGGGACGGGACUCUCCUCCCAGCAGUGUCUUUGAUUGAUGCUGUUUAUCUCCAACUAAGGUUGAACUAAGUUUUUGUUGAUAUUACUUUCCUCUGAAAUCAGACUUAUAAGGAAGGUGAAUGAAUUUUUUGAUACAUAUUUUACAGAAAUGAAAAUAAAAUACAUGUCAUACAAAA